AUGUGCUGGGCACAGGUGCCCUCAGGCCAGCGCUCACACUUGGAAGCUGCAGGGAUGAAGGUUGUGCACAUCGUAGCCAGAGCCAAACACCCGCCAGUCCCCACCUUCCUCCAGGGAGUGGUGUGGGGCAGUGAGUGGAGGAUGCUCUGCUGCCGGGCUUUGCUUGGGGAGGUUAACAAUGAGAAUGUCGUCAAAGUUGGCCACAGGCAGGUGGUGAACAUGAUCCGCCAGGGAGGGAAUCACCUUGUCCUUAAGGUGGUCACGGUGACCAGGAAUCUGGACCCGGACGACACUGCCAGGAAGAAAGCUCCCCCACCUCCGAAGCGAGCGCCGACCACAGCCCUCACCCUGCGCUCCAAGUCCAUGACCUCAGAGCUGGAGGAGCUCGAUAAACCCGACGAGAUAGUCCCGGCCUCCAAGCCCUCUCGAGCUGCCGAGAACAUGGCUGUGGAGCCAAGGGUGGCGACCAUCAAGCAGCGGCCCACCAGCCGGUGCUUCCCGGCUGUCUCGGACAUGAACUCCGUGUACGAGCGCCAAGGCAUUGCUGUGAUGACGCCCACCGUUCCUGGGAGCCCAAAAGGCCCAUUUCUGGGCAUCCCUCGAGGUACGAUGCGAAGGCAGAAAUCGAUAGGAAUAACAGAGGAAGAGAGACAGUUUCUGGCUCCUCCGAUGCUGAAGUUCACUAGAAGCCUGUCCAUGCCAGACACCUCUGAGGAUAUCCCCCCGCCACCGCAGUCUGUGCCCCCGUCUCCACCACCUCCUUCCCCCACUGCUUACAACUGCCCUAAGUCCCCAACUCCAAGAGUCUAUGGGACCAUAAAGCCCGCAUUCAAUCAGAAUUCUGCCGCCAAGGUGUCCCCAGCCACGAGGUCUGACACGGUGGCCACCAUGAUGCGGGAAAAGGGAAUGUUCUACAGGAGAGAGUUAGACCGCUACUCCCUAGACUCCGAUGACCUCUACAGUCGGAACGCCGGCCCCCAGGCCACCUUCCGCAAUAAGAGAGGCCAGAUGCCUGAAAACCCAUACUCAGAGGUGGGGAAGAUCGCGAGCAAAGCUGUCUACGUCCCUGCCAAGCCCGCCCGGCGGAAGGGGAUGCUGGUGAAGCAGUCCAACGUGGAGGACAGCCCGGAGAAGACGUGCUCCAUCCCCAUCCCCACCAUCAUCGUGAAGGAGCCGUCCACCAGCAGCAGCGGCAAAAGCAGCCAGGGCAGCAGCAUGGAGAUCGACCCCCAGGCCUCGGAGCAGCCAGGCCAGCUGCGGCCCGACGACAGCCUGACCGUCAGCAGUCCCUUCGCAGCCGCCAUCGCCGGGGCCGUGCGUGACCGAGAGAAGCGGCUGGAAGCCAGGAGGAACUCCCCAGCCUUCCUCUCCACAGACCUGGGGGAUGAGGACGUGGGCCUGGGGCCACCUGCUCCCAGGACACGGCCCUCCAAGUUCCCCGAGGAGGGCGGGUUUGGCGAUGAGGAUGGCGCCGAGCAGCUGUCGUCCCCAGUGCCAGGGGCAGCACCCAGGGAGCCCGAGAACCAUUUCGUGGGUGGUGGCGAGGCCAGUGCUCAGGGUGAGGCCGGGAGGCCACUGAAUUCCACAUCCAAAGCCACAGGGCCCGAGAGCAGCUCGGCGGCGCCCCCCAAGAGCAGCGGCGCAGCCGGCCCUGAGAAUUACGUGCAUCCGCUCACAGGGAGGCUGCUCGGCCCCAGCUCCCCACUGGCCCUGGCGCUCUCUGCAAGGGACCGAGCCUUGAAGGAAUCCCAGCAGGGACCCAGGGGGGAGGCCCCCAGGGCUGACCUCAACAAACCUCUUUACGUCGACACCAAAAUGAGGCCCAGCACAGAAACCGGCUUCCCUCCGGUCACCAGGCAGAAUACCCGGGGGCCCCUGCGGCGUCAGGAGACGGAGAACAAGUACGAGACUGACCUGGGCAGGGACCGCAGAGGCGACGACAAGAAGAACAUGCUCAUCGACAUCGUGGACACGUCCCAGCAGAAGUCGGCCGGGCUGCUGAUGGUCCACACCGUGGACGCCACCAAGUUGCAGGACUCCCUGGAGGAAGAGGACGAGAAAGCAGACGUGGACAUGAAGCCGGACAACUCGCUGUCUGAGGUGCCAGAAGGUGUUUCCGAAACCGAAGGUGCUUUACAGAUCUCCGCUGCCCCCGAGCCCGCCGCCGCGCCCGGCAGAACCAUUGUGGCGGCCGGCUCCAUGGAAGAGGCGGUGAUUUUGCCAUUCCGCAUCCCUCCUCCCCCUCUGGCAUCCGUGGACUUGGAUGAGGAUUUUAUUUUUACAGAGCCAUUGCCUCCUCCCCUGGAAUUUGCAAAUAGUUUUGAUAUCCCCGACGACCGUGCUGCUUCUGUCCCCGCUCUCACGGACUUGGUCAAGCAGAAAAAAAACGACACUCCUCAGCCCCCUUCAUUGAACUCCAGCCAACCAACCAACUCUGCAGACAGCAAGAAGCCAGCCGGUCUUUCAAACUGUCUGCCUGCCUCAUUCCUGCCACCCCCUGAGAGCUUUGACGCUGUCACCGACUCUGGGAUCGAGGAGGUGGACAGCCGGAGUAGCAGCGACCACCAUCUCGAGACGACCAGCACUAUCUCCACAGUGUCCAGCAUCUCCACCCUGUCUUCUGAGGGCGGGGAGAACGUGGACACCUGCACAGUCUAUGCAGAUGGGCAAGCAUUUAUGGUUGACAAACCCCCAGUACCUCCUAAGCCAAAAAUGAAGCCCAUAAUUCACAAAAGCAAUGCACUUUACCAAGAUGCGCUCGUGGAAGAGGAUGUAGAUAGCUUUGUUAUCCCCCCACCCGCCCCCCCGCCCCCACCGGGCAGUGCCCAGCCCGGGAUGGCCAAGGUUAUCCAGCCAAGGACCUCUAAGUUGUGGGGCGAUGUCACAGAGGUCAAAAGCCCAAUUCUCUCAGGCCCAAAGGCAAAUGUUAUUAGUGAAUUGAACUCAAUCCUGCAGCAAAUGAACCGAGAGAAAUCGGCAAAGCCGGGGGAAGGUCUGGAUUCACCGACGGGAGCCAAGUCCACCAGCCUCGCUCCAAGAAGCCCAGAGGUCAUGAGCACCGUCUCAGGUACACGGAGCACGACAGUCACCUUCACUGUCCGCCCUGGCACUUCCCAGCCCAUCACCCUGCAGAGCCGGCCCCACGACUAUGAAAGUAGGACCUCAGGAACGAGACGUGCCCCGAGCCCUGUGGUCUCGCCAACGGAGAUGAACAAAGAGAUUCUGCCUGCCCCUCUGUCCGCUGCUGCUGCCUCUCCUUCUCCCACUCUCUCCGAUGUCUUUAGCCUUCCGAGCCAGCCCCCCUCCGGGGACCUAUUUGGCUUGAACCCAGUGGGACGCAGCAGGUCGCCAUCUCCCUCGAUACUGCAACAGCCAAUCUCAAAUAAGCCUUUUACAACUAAACCUGUCCACCUGUGGACUAAACCAGAUGUGGCAGAUUGGCUGGAAAGUCUAAACUUGGGUGAACAUAAGGAGACCUUCAUGGACAAUGAGAUCGAUGGCAGUCACUUACCAAACCUUCAGAAGGAAGACCUAAUCGACCUUGGGGUGACUCGAGUUGGGCACAGAAUGAACAUAGAAAGGGCUUUGAAACAGCUGCUUGACAGAUAAGGACGGCUGCGCUUUACCCUUACAGACUUCUUGUUAUAAGUAGAGAUGGGCUUGCACUGAAAUACUAGGAUGGCCAAGCAAGUCUGUGAGCAUCAACCCCGUUCCAUGGGUUUGUCUCCUGGUACCCAAAGAAAUACUGUGUGUGUCCACAGUGUGGCUGAGCAGAGGCCUUGAAACCCUCAUCUCUCUCUGGGUUUCUUGGGCAGGUUCUGUCAAACAGGGGACAAGGAGAGAGUGUUUUUCUAGCAUGGAAAGAGAUUCCCAGCCUGCCUCCCAGCAUGCAGGUGACCUCACUUGCCGGGACCAAGAAGCUCCCCGUCGAUUUCGCACGGGAUCCUUGCUCUUGUAGGCAGACACCAGUGUGUUCUAGAUACCUCCUGAGACCUCCCUCCUCUGCGUUCCGGGCAGCUCUCACCACCCUAGGCCCCAGCACCAGGCCUUCCUCAGUCCUGUGGCCUCUCAGAGGACACCCGAUGCUCACUUGCUCCUUUCUCUCUCCUGUACUUUGCUUGCAGUGAGAUGCUCCCAGAUGUGUUUGUCUGGUGCCCCUUCUUGGGCCUGAAAGGUAGAGAAACUUUUUUGCCCUAUACGGAUUCUUUACCCCAUCUCAUCCUGUGAUGAGCAUCCAUGGUUCUUUGGCCAUGAAGUUCUUGGCAGUGGUGGGGGGUUUGAAUGGGAUCGUGCCCAGCUUUGCUUAGCUUUCUUUCUUUAUUUCUGCAAAUCUAUUAGCAUAAUUCCAAGGUGGCCAAACAGAUGGCACAUGGAGUUAGCCAAAGCACAAAGUCACGAUUCCAAAAAGGAGAGGAGACCUGGCCAUGGAACCAGCCAGUGUGCAGCUGCCUUGGUCCCAGGUCUCCUCGCGGACGAGAGCUGCUGUGUCUGCCAGGAGUCUCCAUCCAGGAUGGAGAAAGGGCUUCUCUGCCUCUCAGAAUUCUUUUUCAUAAAGGUGUGUUGAGCUCAGCAAAGACCAGAGCAGGUGAGCAUCUACUCUGACAUGAAGGACAAGAAGAUGCACAGCUCACGGUGGGCAUCACUGCUGCCCUGUGAGACGGUGUCUUCUCUGGGAGCUGGGGGGUGCAGGGCCCUCAGUUCUGAGCCCGGCCAAGGGUGAGCAUCUCCGCUGAGACGGUCCUUUUGCUCUCAGAGGCCAGGGAAGAUGGUACUUUGGGGAUUUUCUCCUUUUUCUCUGGGUGUCUAGGAAUCCCACCAGCUUGUCUUAACAGUACAGCAGGUCCUCUGAGGACCCAGUGGGUAUGGAGUGUAGACAGAACCCAGGAUUGAGAACACAGGUGGGCCGCAGGAUCAGGGGGAGCAGCAGACAAGUAAGGCAAGGAAAGCAGGGCGGUCUCCUGGACAGCCAGCCCGGCCUCUCCGGCAAGGCUUCCUUGAGCACCCCAGGCUCUGCCCUGCAGCCCCGCUCCCGGUAACGAUACCUCUGAUUGCCAAGGGAGGUCACCAACUGCACAUGGGCUGCCAAACAUCCAGUCAGGCUUCCAGCACAUUCUCCCACAUUUGCAGGAUACUCGAAUGUCAGGUUUUUGGUUUUAUUAUGAUUUCAGAACUAGCUCAGCCCAUCUCUAAUUAUAAAACAUGAUUUUUUUUUCUUUCUUUUUUUUUUCUUUAUGCUCACGACCAAGUGUCUGGUUAGGUCUGGAACAGCUCUAGAAUGAAUACAUAAAAUUUAGAAAUUUAAAAUCUCUUUCUUUACUGCAAGUUUAAAUAGUUGUACAGAUAGUUUAUAAGCACAAUAUUUUAAGAAAAAAAAAGUGGCUGGUCUACUAGGCAGCCUUUGUGCCACUUCAGUGCUAGAAAGUUAAAGAAAAAAAAACUUUUGUGAUUUAAUAAUACUAUUUCUGUGGAAUAAUUAUAAAAGUAUGACCUUUUUAAAUCAACCUUAUUUGGAUGCAUCUGAACCAGCAGAGCUGUGUUAUAUUUUCUAUCUUUGCUAGAACUUCAUCACUGAACGACAAUUUCUUCAAAAAAGUGGUUAUAAUUCACAAUGCAGCAGUUUCUCUAAAAAUAAAACCAAAAUACACACACACCACACACACACAACUUUUCCAGCUACACGCCCCUGAUUUGGAAACUGAGUCUAGACUUUCUCCUGUUCCAAAAUGUUUUGCAGGUCAAUCUUUAUAUUUGAAUGAUCCAAUCCAACUUGAAAUAAUUGAAUAUUAAGGCGUUUUACCUUUUGUGUACUUUCAGUUUUUCCACGGGGGGAUGAACAAACAUUACUCUAGAGAAAUUUCCAGCCAAGAUACUAUAGGUGGCCUGGGCUGCCCGAUAUUUUAGAAAAAUGUAAAAAUGGUGGUUUGGCCAUUAAUUUGUCUUCCAUUUGGUGAUAGUGCAAAAUUUAGUAAGCCCACCACUUCACCAUGGCUCUUUUUCCUUUGCCCACUGUUGGUAUUACCUCUGUGCUCAGUGCCAGGCAAAAUGCUAGAUAAGAGGAGAAUAAAAGAAACCUCUGGUAGAUUGUACGCAAUCACAACACGGUGACUUUGGGUUCAUUAAACUUUGGCAGCCAGGUGGUGAGAGCUGGCUGUCACUCCCUUUCUUAAGAGACUUCAAGCCACAUGCCACUAACCAGAAGCAAGCUGGCUAAACAGCUGAUAAAAUAGUUUAUUUUUUACAUUGUCUUAUUAUAGAAAAGUAAUAGGAUCUAUCAGAACCUGCACUGACCAAUAAACACGUUGCCAAGAUGAAUCGGUCUCUAGCUCUAUUUGCUGAUCUUGCUACAGAGAGCAAUAUAGCUCCUCAUUCAAGUCACCACCCACUGUUCUCCCCCUUCAGGACAUGUAAGGACCAGGCCCUAUUCCAUGACCCUCUUUAAUGGUGGGACAAAUGUUAAACUGCUCAUAUAAAGAUGUUAAUAUUAUUCCAGGUUUUAAGAUCAACUUUUGUUAUAUAUUGUAAUUUAAAUAAACUGCAUUUACAUACCUAGUUUCUGUAAUAUCGUGUAUACAAAACCCAAAUCUAUCAAGAUGUAAAUUAUGUAUACCUGCCAAGAUACCUUCUCCAGGGUGUCUGUGCACAUUUUAAGUUAAUUCAUAUAAUAUAAAAAUGACUCAAUGUGACUGUUGAUUUGCUGAACUUUACAUAUCACAAAGUGAAUUAUUUGUGAUACUUUAGUUAAUAAAAUGGUGAAUUUUUUCUCAGUUAUUGAACAAGCAUCACCCAACUGAUCUGGCAAUGACUUUUUGUGUGUGGGCCACAAAUAUUGAUUUUCCCAUUAACAAUUUUUUUUUGUUUUUUAAAUACUAAUAUGUUUCACACUAUAGUUUGUGUAACAACAUGUGUUCGCAUUAUCUAUGUUGCUGUUACUUUUGUGCUUUUAUUCUUUUUAGACUUUAUUAAAAAAACAAAACAAAACCAAACUCCUGUAAUUUGCACUUUCUCCCAAUCCUUUAAUCUCUUGUAUGGCAACCAAAAUUACUGUAAAAAAAUAAAUAUACUAUUGCACUAA